UCCAACACCUUGUAAGAGUGAGGGUCUUGUCACCCUGUGUCCCCCUUCCCCUCUGUUUGGUAUUCUCCCUGUAUCUCCCUCCUGGUAGACUCCCUGUAUCUCCCUCCUGGUAGACUCUCUUAUGAUAGCGUCUAGGUAGUGGUAAACUCCCUGUAUCUCCUUCGUGUUAAACUCCCUGUAUCUCCUUCGUGUUAAACUCCCUGUAUCUCCUUCCUGGUAGACUCCCUUAUGAUAGAGUCUUUGGGUCGUGAUAAACUCCCUGCAUCUCCCUCCUGGUAGACUCCCUUAUGAUAGAGUCUUUGGGUCGUGAUAGACUCUCUGUAUCUCCCUCGUUAUACUCUCCCUGUACCUCCCUCCUGGUAGACUCCGUAUCUCCCUCUCUAUACACCCCCUGAGCCUCAUCAUAGGGAGACUCAACAGAAUGACCAAUACCAAGACAGGAACAUGUGCUGUUCCGGCACGACACUCCCUAGCACUAUUGACGUCAGCGGGCGUGGCAGUGCUGUACAUGCUGAGGAUUAACAUGUCCGUAGCGAUAGUAGCUAUGGCUCACACACCCACGCCCACUUCCGGGAACUCCAACACCACUACCCACGCCCACACUACCGCCUACUGUGUGUCAUAUAACCAGGAGAACCAGACAAUACUGAUGGAGGAGACAUUGAAGGGGAAGAAGACAGCAGGAGCAGAUAACUCCACCUUACCUGAAGACUACCUGACGGAGGAAGACCCACUCACUAAUAAGAUGGUGUUGACGGGGGCGGAGAAGGGGAUGGUCCUGGGCGCCUUCUUCUACGGGUAUUUCGCCACAAACAUACCUGGUGGGCGGCUGGCAGAGCUGUACGGGACGAAGCGGGUGUUCGGUGGGGCCAUCCUGAUUGGCGGCGUCCUCACCCUCUUCACCCCACUGGCCGCCCGAGCCCACUACGUUGUCCUCAUCCUGCUUAGAGCUGCCAUUGGUCUGGCUCACGGUGUGGUGUAUCCGUCCUUGAACACUAUGGUGGCCAGGUGGAUCCCGCCUCUUGAACGACCCAGGUUCAUGUCCUUCACUUAUAUGUCCAACACCCUGGGCACCAUUAUCACCAUGCCCCUGUGUGGGAUGAUCAUCGCGGAGGUGGGGUGGCCAGCCGUGUUCUACGUGACCGGGGGCGUCUCUCUGGUGUGGGUGGUGGUGUGGGCGCUGUUCAUGCACGACUCUCCCGACCAGCACCCUAAAAUCAGCCUCGAGGAGAGGAGCUACAUCCUGCACGCCAUCCAGGAUGGAACCACGCAUAACAAGCCAAGCAGGACCCCGUGGCGGAGUAUCCUGACGAGCGUACCUCUGUGGGCAACACACGUGGCUCAUAUCGGCUCUAUGUUCGGCUUCAACCUCUUACUCACACAACUACCCACCUACAUGAGCAGCAUCCUUGGCUUCUCCAUCAAAACAAACGGCCUGCUCUCCGCCAUACCCUUCGUCACACAGUUCCUGGGCAGUAUACUAUCAGGGAUGUGGGUCACUUGGUUGCUUACCCACAAAUACAUGACUGUGUUUACCUCCAGGCGGAUCUUCUCCACCAUCUCUCUGGUGUUGCCGGGAAUAGUGCUGGUGAUAGUGGGUUAUGUAGGCUGUGACAUCACCUUGGCAGUGGCACUCUUCCCCGUUAGUACAGCCUUCAGUGGGGCCAUUUGUUCCGGUCACCUCGCAAAUCACCUUGACCUCGCCCCUAACUUUGCAGGAACUAUUCUGGGCGUGAGCAACACCCUGGCCUACAUGGUGUCGAUAUGCGUGCCAGUCAUCGUCGGUGCCAUGACCCCACACCAGAACCUGAAGGAGUGGCAGGCGGUGUUUUGGCUGACUGCCGUCAUGUAUGUGUCUUCGUGGAUGGUGUUCACCGUCUUCGGGUCGACAGAAAUCCAGCCGUGGAACUACAGCACUGUCGUGGAGCAGCAGCAGCAACAGCCAACGGGGAAGGAGACCAAGUUCCUUAAACCAGAGAAGAAUCCCCAAGUUGUGGCAAGCGAUAGCCAGGCUGAGGCUUAGAAAACUGAACACAAAUUUAGUCUGUAAAUUAUGAUCAUGUUGACGAUGUAACAAGAGAGGAAGGACGCCAUUGGUAGAGCAGACUGUGAAGUGUUUGUAUGUCAUGCAUUUUGGGGAUAAUACAUAUUACAAUAUGUUAGAACAUCAGUAUUAACCUAACCUAACUUCAUCUAUUCUAAUUUAUGCAAAGUUUGGUCAUAAGAAAAUGAAUGACAUCUUAAUUUAAAUAUGAAGUCAUAUAUACCAGAAAUGCACUUAUUACAUAGAAUUACAUAUGAGAAAUAUGAACAAAAAAUUAUCCUCAUUUCACAAAAAAAGUUCAUUGCCUUUUUAAGUUAUAGUGGAGGCUUACCCUAAACCAUAUGGCAUACACGAUAAUAUUUUAAACAAUGGAUUUCAAUAAAUAAAUGUAAAAAAUUUAAAACAUUCUUUUUAACAUGUAGUGGAUAUUAUGUAUUUGUCUUUACUGUAUUACAGACUGAUAUAAUUGUUGGUUUAGUCUUUUGCUACAUUGAGGUACUGUACCUUCAAUAUUAAAAUACAGAGUUGUUUUUUCCUAUUGUAAAUAAUGUAGUUUUGUCUAAGUUUGUAUGGUAUCAAACAUACUUAUACUUAUACAAUCUGUCUCACUUUAAAAAGCUGGUUUUCCGGCAUCUUCGUGGUGUAGAUUCACACAAUAUAACCUUUUUGUUCUCUAUUUUCAAUUUC